CGUCAUGAACAACAUGGCGGAUUAGUGUGUGUGUGCAUGGAGUCCGCUACUCGCCUCUCCUCGUCGAUUAAUGAAAGCUUAUUUCUUCUAAAAAACAACAUAUUCUUCAGCAGGUCAAAAUGUUUCGGCGAUCAAGAUUUAGUGUUCGUCCUAACGUCGGUGCAACAGGAAGAACUGCAGCAACAGCAGCAGCAGCACCUCAGGAAGCCCCUUCAGCAAAGCAGGAGGCCAGUGAGACUCCAACAGAUGUUCCGGAGAGCAACAGUGCUGCAGCUGUGACAGACAACAAGUCUGACGUGACUCCAUCAGAAAAAGUUGUAGCUUCAGGGGAUGGCAAUGAUCCAAAUGGGGAAGGUACCAGCUCCUCAGCAGCUGUACAGAGAAGGAAGCGGUUUUCUGUCAAGCCCAAAGUGGCUCCUGGCCGCCUCUCCACACUCUCUCGGACCCCAAAGUCGCCUGUCAAAGCAGCUUCUCAAGCUCCUGUUGAUGGCUCCGGCUCAAACCUUGACAAGCCAACAACAUCUGGGAUUUCGGCAACCUCUCAGGGAUUCCAGUCACCAAGGAGACGAAGGUCUUCAGGAGAGAGCAAGCCGCUCAAGAUGCACCCUAAAGCCCCCCACAUUUCUUCCAGUAAUUUAGGACCCUCAGAUGUUCCUGCAAAUGAAAACUCACUGGAACAAACCCAUGUGCCAGCAGACGGUAGCAAACAAUUAGAAAACAUUUCCACCAGUCAGGUUAAAGAAGUUCCUCCCAGACCGCCGGAUAAAGUACCGCCAUCUUUGCCAGACAAAGAAGCUAUUGAAAUAUCAGAGAAAGCCAAGACACUUGUAUCAUCUAAGAAUGUGCUUUCACUCACACAGUCCGCCUACUCCCUGAGUAGACUCCUGAACAGCCCAUCAGACUUACAGAGGCUUGUAAAGGCCCAAAAGCUCAGAGAGCUGCUACGACAGGAGAGGUGCAAAGAAAAGAGACUCAAGAAAGCUAAGGCACUUUCAAAGGAGCUUUCUUUAGAUCCUGCCAAAAUGACCAUGAGGGACCUGAUCCAUUAUCUUCCAACAUCUAACCCCAUGUCAUGUAGUAUUGAAGACUUGGCCCAAGAGGAGACUGUCAUUCCAGCCUCACCAGAAAGAGAGAAGUCUCCAGAGCGAGCACAGGAACCUGAAGUGCCACCCAGCACGGCGAACUCACGAGAGGAGGACGAGGAGGAAGCAGACGAAGAGCAGGAAGAAGCGCUUAUGGUCCCUCAGGUCAAAGUAGCAGAGGAUGGCUCACUGAUCAUUGAUGAAGAGAGCUUAACAGUGGAAGUCCAGCGAGCCAAAGGACCAAACCCAGCAGAAAAUCGAGACCCCAUCUUUGAGCGUGGCUCCACCACAACUUACUCAAGUUUCAGGAAAGGGAACUAUUCGAAACCAUGGUCCAGUGAAGAGACAGACAUGUUCUUCCUGGCAAUUAGCAUGGUGGGGACGGACUUUUCCAUGAUUUGUCAACUGUUUCCUCACAGAGCUCGAUCAGAAAUAAAGAACAAAUUCAAAAAAGAAGAGCGAGAGAAUUCCUGGAGGAUUGACAAAGCUUUCAGAGAGAGGCGCAAGCUGGACAUAGAAUAUUUCUCUAAGCUGCUGGAGAAAAUUUUGGAAUUUCAGAAAAGCAGGAAGAAACUCAAGUCACUUGCUGAGAAGAACUCCCCCAAGAAACACAAGAGGAAGACUAAAGCCAAAAAAGCUGCAAGACAGCUGAGCGACGUGGAGGAGGGAGAUGAAGAAGAACAUGAGAAUCAAGUUCCUGACCUGGAGGCAGAAGAGGAAGGAGAGAAAGAGAACGAGGACCUCUGUAAUGAGGGAGGAAUCCCUGCUUCUGAGCCGAACAGGAAAUGCAAAAGAAAGAAAAAACCAGACGACUUGACUGAAGAGCCAAAUGACAAGAAGAACAAAACAGGUGAGGCCGGCAUACCUGAAGAUACUGAGGCAGCUCUUCCUGAGGACCACACAAGUUCAGACAUGCCUGAAAAGUCUCAAAAUGUGAACACAGCCAAGGACGCUGCAAUCAAGCCAGCUAAACUCUCGCGAGGCAGAGCACCGAAACCACUGCUGCCUUUGGGCCGGAAGUGGGGUAAAAAGCUUCCACCUUCCACAGCGGCCAAAGAUACUGCAGCAGAUAAAGGGGACGAGAGCGUGAGCGAUGGAGCCACGACAGAGCAGGUAAAUAAAGAUGCAUCACCUUCAAACCAGGCCAGUAGCAAAAAGCCAGCCAGUGAUGACAUUUCCUCUGACGAAGAAGAAGAAGAUGUCGCUUGUAAACCUCCUCAACCUACCAGAUACGGCCGAGUGCCCAAACCCACCAAGCCCUUGACAUACCCUGCAAAAGAGGACGCGCGCUCCUCUGCAUCCGAAACCGCUCCGGCGUCUCCAGCAGGGUCCGCUGGUUCUGCUGCCAAACCUAAACCCAAAGGCACAGCCAAGAGGCGGAGAUCAUCAAAGCCAGAAUCACCCCAAAAGUCUAAGAAGCCCAAACUAGUCACGCUCACUGCCUCUCAGUCAGACAUCAGUGAUGAGGAUGACGAGGUGGAGGAGGGGGAGCUUGCAUGUAGCUCCAGCGGAGACGGCCACACUCCCAUCUUUGUGCCUGCCAGCCUGAACACAUCUCACUCUGGGAUCUCAGAAGUGGAUGAGACUAUGGUGGAGCUUGAUAUCUUGGCCAGUAUGCCUGAUGUGUUGGGCAUUUCCCAAGAUGCACUGUGCCCUGAUUCCUCUUGUGAGCAGGCACAACAUGAGGCAGGCACAGCUGAGCCAUGUGAACAUCAGUUGGAUCUGCUGGUUGAUGUUAUAGACUUCCUUUCUUCAGAACACACAGAAGUAAAUGAGGAUGAGAGCUACAAUGAAGCAGCUCAAACCCUGCUGACCAUCGGCAACCUGACUCACAUCCCUCAGUCAGCACCAAAUCCAACAGAUCACACCAUGCAAGAUCACACAGCAGUUGUAGGAACAUCAGCUGGUAUGAAUGAAACCAACUACCCAGAAGACACUGCUUUAAAGCAGGCUGCACAAGAGGAAAGCGCCAUUCCUUCUGUGUCUGCAGCUUUUUGUCAGGAAGUCACAGAAACAUCAGAGACUGUUGCCACUUUGGAACUACAAGGCAGCAUAAUAGGCAGUGGUGAGAUGCCUGUCCCACAGUCAGAAAGCUCCGAUACAAGUUCUCGACAAACCAACAUGGGACGUUUACCUAAAGUGAAACCUAAACCUAACCUUGGCCGAACCUCAAGGACUGCACAUCCAAAAUCCCAACCAGAGACAUCGUCUGUAACGGCUGCUGAAGAGAGCCACUCAGUUGCUCCCAGCCUUUCUCCAGCCAAUGAGAUGCUUUCAGCUGUUGAAGAAACGGCUACAAAGACAUCAGACUGUGCUCCGGGAGUGGUAAAAGAUGGCAUUUCCAGUACUGAAGUCAAACUGACAGAAGAGCCAUCUGACAGACAGGAGAAGUUUGUUGAGCAAGUCGAAUCAGGAGCAGCAGUGUCAGAUCAGAAUUCCUCAGAAGUCCAGGCUCCCUGCUGUUCAGAAUCGAAUAUUGAUCAGACCAGCAGAGACACAAAGUCAACAUCCAAGUCCACAGAUGAAAAACUUCAAUCUUGUGUUGAGGAGGCUAAGGCUGGUUUUAAUGCUCCUGCAACGUCUGACUCAGUGAACACAGAGGUUGAAAAAGGGUCAGACACAGAUUCAGCCCUAGUCCAAGAGAGCAGUGACAAACUUACCUCAUGUGUUUCACCUGCAGAAGAUUUAUCUGAAAAACAAAAGGAAGAGAAUGUGGUCCCAGCUACCUGCCAGUCUAGAAGGGGUCGAUUACAAAAAGUCAAACCGAAACCAAACCUACCACAAACAUCAAGAACUGCAAAGUCUAAACUUCAAACCAGAGAAGCACCUGCAGACAAAGAUUCAAGCCUAACUCCAAACCCCGACUUCCACAAAAAUGCAAUAGAGGUGGAACCACAACCAACAUGCAGCCCCUCUCAUGAAACACAAAGCCAUCCUGAUCCUCAUCCUGCUUCACUGAAUUUGGAAUUUGAAUCCAGUAAAGAGCAGGUGACCAGAGACACAGGGUCAACUUCUGAGUUCACACUUGAAAAUCUGACAACUAGUGUUGGAACGACUGAAAGUAGUUCUAAUGAUGUGGCGACAUCUAACUCAACAGUCACAGAAUCACAAGGUGAACAAGGGUCAAAUGUAGAAAGCAGUGUCCAACCUGCCAUAGAAGAGUUACCAAUCAGUAAAAACGGGGGUGAAGUUGCAUCUACUAGUAGAUUAAGGAGGAGUCGAUUGCAAAAACCCAAACCAAACUUGCCACAGGCAUCAAGAAAUAUUCGGUCUAAACUACAAUCCAGAGAAGAUCCUGCCACACUCCUGCAGAUUGUGGAAAAACCUCACAGUCCAACUUCUACGACUGAUUCCACUGAAAACACAACAGCAGAGGUAGAAGCCCAGCCAAGUUGCAGUACCACACCUCCAGAAAAGUCAAGUCAAAGUACUAGUUCUCCUUCAGUUCCAGUGCAAUCACUGGAAUUAGGUUCUGCUCACAAAUGCACACAGGAGCUAUCGUCAACUGAGGAUGAGAAGACAGAUGUCGGAUUAGUCUCAAGUGCAGAGGACUCUGAAAAAAAUGUUCCUCAAAGAAGACGGCGGUUUCCUAAGGUGAAACCCAAACCCAAUUUACGAUCAUCCACUCGAAUGAUGAAACAGCAGUCAGAUAAUGACAGUAGACCUCCAGAACAUUGCCAUAUCGGCACCACCUCAAAUGUAUCAUCAGAACAACAAUCUAGAGACAAUAAUCAGAAUCUCACAGAGAAAGACAACAAGCCCUUGAUGUCAGCACAUUGUUCCUCAAGUGCGGGACUUCAUUCAGCAGAAGUUGGACCUACAGAUUCUGAAAAAUUACGGGACAUCACAAAUAACAAAGCAGCAUCCUCUGAUGGUAUGACCAUGGAAACAUCUUGCGUUGCUGAGUACCAGCCUCUGUUGACAGACCCAGUACUUGAAAAUACAAGUAGUGAGCAAUCCACAGUUGAAGUGGAACCAACAGGGGACAGAUUUUCAAGCAAAGAUCCGGUGGAGGCUGAUCCUACUUCACAAGAUGAUGAUAUGCCGGACAUGUCCACCCAAGUUACAGAGACGAAUGUACAACAAACAGAUGAUUCAGCUGCAGUUUCAGAAGUCCAGCCUUCAAAAGAUACUUCCAAUGAGUCAAAAAAUACUCAGAGUGUUCGGACAGAGAUUCCUCCAUCCAAAGUGAUGACAGAGAGUCAGAGUUGACCGACACUUCUAAGACCUCAAGAAAAGCUCAUCAAGUCCGUAGAGGUCGGCUAAUAAAACCCAAACCCAACCUGGCAUGCAGCAGUCGUCCUUCACAACCCCGGAAAGUACAGAACACAACACCAGCAGAAACAGACUCUGGUAGUUGCUCACAAAUUGUGACUGCUUCUGUCGAGCACAAACCAGCAUCUGAACUCAGACCUGACAUGCAGGAACCAGUUGCGGGAGUUAUCAAUAUAUCUGGUAACCAAACCUCCACUCCAAGUGACACUCAGUCUCCUGUAGACUGCUGUCCACAAGUUACCGCUCAACAAAGUCAACACAACUUCCCUUCAAAUGAUUCUCAAGCCUCUCUGAAUUGUGUACCUUCUACCCAGAUUGCAUCAACGCCGAGUACAGAAGCGAUCCAGAGCUAUCCAUUUUUUCCAGAGAUGCUGCCGGAGCAGGUGCCUUCAGAUCCCGACGAGCCAUUUUUCAUCCUCUCUCUGACUGAGAUCCCGGUCUCCUCAUCAGAGGAAGUGGUCGACAGUGCAGCUGAGCACCUCUCUUAUCUCCCUUCAACAGAUGCAUCAGUACAGCAGCCCGGCAGCGUAUGUGCAGAGAGUUUGGUGGCUGCAGGAGAUGGGUCUGUCGCUAGUGCCCAUGUGUCCAUAUCUGCAGGGGAGAGUGGUGUAAUGGGCCCCAUCGAUGUAAAGGAUAUUGGGCCAGAGCCAGCUGCGUUGAUACAUUCUACCAGCGAGAAUCCAGUGGAUCCUGAAGAAACUACUACAGUCCAGCCAGAAAAGCGUCCAGACAGUAAUGAGACAGACGUGGCCGCUGCAAAGCAGACACUAUCGAGUACUAGAAGAAGAGCCAAACCACAGGUUAAGUCCAGCAACGCAAGGAAGAAACAAACAAGCAACACCCGGGAAGCAGAGUCAGUCCCCACCCAAACAAACACCACACAGGACUCAGAGCAUUCUGGUGGUUCUGUGCCGCCAGAAGCCUUUGAUGAUACUGAGCCACAUAAAGGAGGGGGUGUUGAUGCAGACACUAGAAAAGAGACUCUGACAGGUGGGAGAGAUCCUCACAGCAGCUCAGGAGCACAAAGUACAGAGAGUAGUGGAACAAGUAAUUGGAAAAGAAAACCCAAAGUCUUCGCUCCCUUCCCUUCUGAGACUCCUUCAAUCAGUCCUCCACAUGGUAAAGCAGCAGAUAAACAAUCUUCGUCAGAGCCUGCAGCAUCCACAUCACACCAUGUCGCUCCCACACAGCCACAAAAGGAAGCUCGUUCAACACCUGUUACACCACCAGCACAAACAGAGGCGGACAUCCAACGGACAUCUGAGCACAGGCCCAACAGCUCAGGUCCAAAUCUGAGCAUGUCACAAUCUAUAGCCGAGGUUUCAGCUUCCCAGCAAAGUGAAUGCACGGAGAGCAGAUCUUUAGAGGAGGAGCCCAUCAGUGUGUCUCAGUACUUCUUAAGUGACAUUUUCACAGAUGUGGAGGAGGAAUGAGGGAGACGAGGAACCCGCAGGCGGCUUGCUUUUUUGGCACUUUUGUUAUUAAGUUAUGUCUAGGUUUAUUUAUAGCUAAAAUAUUGUUUGCUCACAGCUGAACUGCUUUAUUGAGUAUCCUGACGAAUGCAUUUUUUGACUUUUACAGGCACUUUGAAUGUUGCAGCAGUUUUAGUUUUUACAUUGCCAUUUGUUUAAAUAUCAAGCAUUGUAGCGCUUUUACACCUGGAUAUCAAAACACUGGUGAAUCAGUAGUUUGACUGAAGAAGUGCCAGCUUUUUAUGAAUGUGUCAUUAUGCUCCAUGUGUCACAUUUCAGAACAUUAUUGUUAACCAGCUGUGAAAAUGUAAAUAUUGUACAGUAACAAACUUGUUUUCCUGACAUUUGUCCAAUUUUCAGACCACAUUCUUGGUCUCAGGAAUAAAAAUAUAACUUAGUAACUUAA